GUAAAUCCCUAGGAGGAAUUAUAUAUAUCUAAAUCAUCUAUAAACAAAGAAUUGCUAGCUAUCUACAGUAUUUACCAUAUACUAUACUUACCCCUAUAAAGGGGGAUUAGUACGUAUGGAGUCCCGGAGACGAAGACGUGGCACGGGGUGGGCCAUGAGGAUAAGACGAUGUAUGGGAGGCGGAUGAGUCGGCGGGAAGAGAGGGACGGGGGUAAGGUGAGGAAUCAAGAGGAAGAGAAGGAGCAAUCAUGACGGAUGAGAACCGGGAGAAAAAGAAUCCAGCUUGGGUAUAUUGAUGAGCAGUACUUGGAAAAGUGACACAAAGACAAAAAGCGAUUAAAAGGUGUACAAUCCGCUCCCGGUGAAACCUUCUCUUCCACCCCCUUGGAAUCCAAAAGCCAAAGCUCGUCUGCAUUUCCGCGUCAGCAUCACUCCGCUCCCCCCUUUCCCGCACCACAUGCACUUACCCAACCAACCACCAACUUCCCCUAUCACUACAUGCCUGGGUCUCCUCCACGAUCAAUUCGCGCUGAUCGUCGUCGUCACCCCCUUCCCAUCACCCGCCGUGGUCGCACCACCAAGGUGAUCAGGGACGGCCUGCUGCUGUGUCUUUUCCUCCUCCCCUCCCGCGGUGGCCGGAGCGGCAGCAGCCGCGGCAGCCGCAUUCACAUUCGCAUUCUUGUUCGCGUCAUCGUGUCCCCCGUUCGCCUGCCCGUCCUCGUCCGAGACAAGCGCCUUCUUCGCCUCCUUCUCGGCACCGGCGGCGUGCUGCUCCUCGUCGUCGGUCACCUUGGGCUUCCGCAGGCAGCCGAACAGGGUCUUGAGGAUGUUCUUCAGCGGGUUCGGCUUCUUUUCCUUUGCUGGUUGUUGCUGCUCCUGGGCGGCGGACGCCUCCUCGGUGGCUGUUUGCUCUGGUUCUUGUUGUUGUUGUUGUUGCUGUUGUGGUUGCUGCUGUUCUUGAGCCGCUUGUUGCUGUGGUUGCUGCUGCUCCAGCUGGGGUUGGGCGUCGGCGGACAUGGUUGUGGUUUGUUGGGUUUUGGUUUUUCCUUUCGGCUAAGGGGGUAGGGGAUAUGUUCGUGACGGAGAGGAAGAGGAAGACAGAUAUCACGAGAGGUGUGAGUCACGGGGAAUUUGCAGGAAGAGAAAACAGUUUGGGACGCUUCGACCAUGAAGAGAUGACGGGCUCUCAUUUAUUCUUUAUUACCUA